CUUACAGCAAUCACAUAUUACUUUAGUUUGACAUGUCUAGAUGCAUCAAGUCCAUUAAAUUCAAAUCCCUCCUUUCCCAUCACCCUAGACCUCGAAAUCAUUACCACUCUCUCCUACAUAGUUUCUGUAGCCUUUUGUAGAUUCUCCGCUUAGAAGCCUGAACUUGUCUUCUAUAGAUCUUACCUUUGAUUGUCGUGGGAAAAUCUUGCUUUCGUUCUUGCAUCAGUUGAUAAUUUUGCGUUCUUUACAAUUCUGGGAAAUUCCUGAUCGUUAUUUUUUAGGGAAGAGGAAAAUGAUGGAAACCACUUUAUCACUACUGGCGGACCUUAUCAUUCAAGAGGCAGAUCUUAUAACGGGAGUGCAAGAGCAGGUGGAUUUCAUGGAAUCAGAAUUGAGGAUGAUGUAUGCAGUGCUACAGGAUGUGGAAGCCUUAGAAGGACCCAGUGACUACUUGCUGCGCUGGAACGAGAUAGUAGAGAAAGCUAAUCUCAAUGCAGACAAUGCAAUUGAGAAAUUCAUCACGUCGGCACAAAAUAAGGGUCUGUCAGUUAUAUUUUUGAUUUUCCAAUACCUGAAGGAUAGACAUGAUGUUGGAAUGCAACUGAAUCGCAUCAAGGCAAGCAUACGGGAGAUGCCUGACAGCGAGAUGCGGAAUGAUAAAUUCAACAAAUCCGCCGGGACUAAUAGCCUACUUGUGUUUUUCCAGCAAUUGAUAGAGACAAAUGGGGUGUUGCUGCCGUUCAAUGUCAUCCGUGAGAAGUCACAUAGCCACAGUAACAACAGUAAAGCUAAUGACACUAAAAAUAGUUUUGUUUCUAGUUUUAUAGAGGGAGUGAAGAUGCCGUUUAGUCGAAGUCUCAUUCCCGUCGGUGCAGAGAGUCCCAUCCUUCAGUAUAUAAGCCAUAUAUUCAGUGGAACUGCAAGCCAUGAUCAAGCUUUACGCCGCAGAGUCGACUUACUCAAGAGAGAUAUGGGUUUAAUGCUAACCUCAUUUGGAUAUGUUGAAGGAAUGGAAGGCUUGGAUGAGCGACAGAUGAUUUGGGUGGCUCAAUUGAAGCAUAUUGCUGAUCAUGUAGAUGACCUUGAUCAGAAAUACAGCACGAUAUCUAUAUGGGAAGUUCAUCGAAAGAUAGAACAAAUAGAAUGUGAAGUUGCUGACCUUAACAGAAGAAAGCAGAACUAUGCCAUUGAAAUUUCUGUACAAGGCAGAGGGCCUAAAUCUGUUAUUCAAAGCUUGCAAGAAAGGGAUCCAUCCUUUUCUAUCAGCUUGGAGGAAACUCAAACUUUUCCGAGUCAUCAUAGCGCUGGGAGAAAACAAUUGGAUUCUGAUUCUUCAGAAAUUAUCGCCUUGGAGGAGGAUUUUCAAUCUGGUUCAUCACAUCAUGGUGCAAGAAACAAAACAUCCAGUUAUGAUUCUUCACGUAUUAUCACUUUGGAGGAGGAGAAAGCUCAAUCUGGUUUGUCGCAUCACAGCACCAGGAGCAAAACAUCCAUAUCUGGUUUUUCUCAUGUCAUCACCAUGGAGGAGGAAGCUCAUCCUAGUUCAUCCCCUGAUGGCGCAAGCAGCAAAACAUCCAAGUCCGCUCCUUUUAUUGCCACUUUUUUGGAGGCAUUCUCCAGAACUUUGAGCAACUGGUUUUGUUAUGGUAGUUUCUCCAUUAUGGAUAGCACCAUUAAGCUGUCCGUUGGACCAGGAACUGGUAAUUUGAAAGACCUUGUUAAUUUGAAAGACCAAGUUAAAUCAAUGGAAACAGAAGCAACGCUAAUGCGUGCUUUACUUGAGGAUUUCCAAGCAAUUGAUAAACCAAGCAGAAGACUGAACGUUUGGCUGGAGCAAAUAGGAGAAAUCGCGGAUGAGGCAGAGCGAGCCAUCAAGGAUUAUGAGAAAAUAAGCCAAGUAGGUCUAUUUAAUUAUGAGGCUCUGAUGAUAAGGAAUAAGAUUGUCAAUGCCAUAACAAGGAUCAUGAAUAAGAUCCAUGAUGUCUCAGAAAGAAGGGAAGUUUCAAACACUAUUUUCCGUAGCCUAUGUCAAAGAGGGCCGCCGCCUAAUACCAUCGGCUUCGAUAAUGACGCAUGUGCAAUUAAGAAACGGCUUCUCACAGGUGAUAUAUGGUGCUGCGUGAUUUCAAUUGUGGGUGAAGUGGGCACGGGAAAGACAACACUUGCAAAAUUAGUCUACAGCGACAGCGAGGUUAUGGAUCAUUUUCCUUUACGAGCUUGGGUUCCCGUACAUCAAGAGAACAAUUACAAUGCAGUUGUGCAAGAAAUAAGGGAACAAUUUAUGGGUUCUGUAAAAGAAAAUAGUAAGCGGAAGAUGGGAGAAGAGGCAUUAGUUGCUUUGAAUGGGAGGCACCUGAUAAUCUUAGAUGAUAUCCGAACAGCUGAAGUCUUGGAUUGUCUUAGAACUUCGUUCCCAGAUAAAUCAAAUGGAAGUAGAAUAGUGGUGACUACUAAUGAGAUGGCUGUGGCCUUGCAUGCUGAUUCGAACAAAGGUCCUCACGAAAUUCAGUUACUAAGUGAUGAGGAAAGUUUGGAAUUGUUUACCAGCACUUUGAAAGUAGAGAUUCCUCCAGACCUGGAAGACAUUGCGAAAGAAAUUGUGAGAAGAUGUGGAUGGAUACGGAAGAACACGGUUGUCGUUGGAAAUCUGUUAUCUAAGAAUGGGGCGAGUCGAGAAAAUUUUUUGAGAGUGCUGAAGCAGUUCAAUGAAGGACUGAUACCUUGGCAAAAAGCAGAAAACGUGUACAUGGAAUUGGGCCGAAACUUGAGAAAAUGUCUUGUUUAUUUCAGAUUAUUCCCGAAUAAGUUUGAGAUACCAGCCCGGAGACUGAUUACUCUGUGGGUUGCGGAGGGUUUUGUCAAUAAGAGAAUGGGUGAUGAACCUGAACAUAUUGCUAGAAGGUACUUGAAUGAGUUGAUAAAAAUGAAAUUGGUUGACGUUGUCAAGAAGAAGUUUGAUGGAGAUGUUAAAACAUGUAGUUUGUCCAAAGAUGGAGCUAAGUUACUCCAAGAAUACGCUGACGCAACUUCUGGAUUAUCUUCAAGUAUUGAGAUUAGUCGUUUUGCUGACCACUAUGAUCCAAACGAUCUCCAUUUCAAACAUAUUCAUGGUCAUGACCAUGAUAGCCUUCGUAGUCAUUAUAAAGCUGUCCUCUCGUUCAUGUCCUUUGACCACCGCGGAGGUAGCAAACCGGGAGAAGACAUAAAAAAGUUUCUUCAGCGAUGCAUUUCCAGCAGGUGCUUCUUGUUGCUGCGCGUGCUUGAUCUUGAACGUGUUUUCAGGCCAAAGUUUCCCAAUGUGUUUGGUAAACUGCUCCAGCUGAGAUAUCUUGGAUUAAGAUGGACUUACUUAGAGGAACUUCCACUUUCCAUAAGCAAUUUGCUUAAACUUCAAACUCUGGAUGUCAAGCACACUUACAUUAGUAAACUUCCGCAUUCAAUCUGGAAAAUGCAACGGCUUCGGCAUUUGUACUUGAGUGAGAGCUAUCGUAGUAGAUUUGAGCAUAAACCUCGAAAUGUCAGUUCUCUGGAAGAGCUUCAAACAUUAUGGGGUGUAUUUGUAGAUGAGAGGAGCCCAGUGAAGCAUGGCCUGGACAAAUUGGAAAAUCUUCGCAAACUGGGAUUGGCAUGCCGAACAAUGUUGUCUCAAAAGAAGCAAAUGCUGUUGCAGAUUGAUGCAAUUGCUGAUUGGAUUCGGAAACUGAAACACCUUCAGUCGUUGAGGCUGAGAUCGUUCGAUGAACAUGGCGAAGCUUGGUUUUUGCCGUUAAAACAUUUGUCGGAACUCGGAAAUCUAUCUAGUAUGAACUUGCUUGGGAGAUUACAAUUAAAAUUUGUGAAGUUUGGAGUUCCUAAAGGCCUCACUUACUUAACACUGUCAGCUUCAAGAAUGAAGGAAGACCCAAUGCAGAUAUUGCAAUACCUUCACAAUCUAAAAGAGCUCAAAUUGUUGUCAAAUUCUUAUCUAGGUAAAAAAAUGCAUUGUCCCCUGGGCAGCUUUCUUCAACUUCAAGUCCUUAAAAUGUGGAAGCUAGAGCAUCUGCAGCAGUGGACAGUAGAAAAUGGUGCACUUCGGCAACUGAGAGAACUGGAGAUUAGAUUUUGCAGAAAAUUGGUGCUUCCUAAGGAAGUCCAAUGCAUGAGGAACCUCGAGAUACUGAAGCUGGAAGGCAUGGACUUUGAAGACAGAAUGCAUUGCUCUAACAUAAGCUUUCCUCAGCUUCAAGUCCUGAAACUUGCGAAUUUAACGUAUCUACAGAUUUGGACAGUGGACGAAGGAGCAUUUCCGCAACUGAGAGAGCUACAGAUAAUUUCCUGCAGACAGUUGAAAAUGCUUCCUGAAGGAUUGGAACACAUGACCAGUCUCAAGGUAUUGAAGGUGAGAGAAAUGCCUUCGGAAUUCACUUCUAGAAUUCAAGAAAAUCAUGGCCUUGAUUGGUAUAAAAUUGCAAAUAUACCUACAAGGGAGCUCGAAUAAUUCACUUCCAUGACGCGUACUCCUCAGCAUUGACACUUGGAAAUGACUCAUUACUGGAAACACGAAGGAACCCAAUUGCUGGGGGACAGUUGCAUAGCUCACUGCAAGGCAAAAUUUGGAAGCUCGUUUCUGUUGCCUUUACUAUAAUUUCAAGUUGUCUGGCUAAGCUAAGCAUGGGCACGAGGUCAGAUGAUACUUAUGUAAGAGAAUAUGGAGGAAGCAUGUGCUGAGUGGGCGUUCGUUUUCGUUUUUGUUGUGACAUUUGACGUUUUAUCACUUGUUGUAUUGUCUUUGUUGCUGCU